CAAAUAUACUGAAAAGUUCGCGUCCGUAAUCAAUAAAGUUAUCAUGGGGAAAUUGUUAUUGCUUAAUUUUCAGUGUUUUUUAAUUGCCACAUUGGUGUUGUUUGGUGCCGCUUUCCCUGUGAAUAAUACUGAAGAUGAUUUUGACUUUGAUACAAUGUUUCUCCCGCCGACCACAACACAGCGUGUAAUACAUCAGGACGUAAAAGGCCCAGACACUAGUGUAUGCGGCGUUCGCAGGAUGACUGAUCCGGACUCUUCAAUCAAUCCCAGCAGAGAGACCUUGUUUGGAGCCAAUCCCUGGGUGGUGGGAAUCUACAGCAAGGACACUGGCAAAUAUAUUGCCGCAGGGACUUUGAUCCGUUACGAUGCCCUUCUCACGUCUGCCCAAGCCCUUGCGGACAUUCCGCAGGAUCAGCUCCUUGUAGAGGCAGGCAACUGGGAUCGGCUAUCGGAGGUGGAGAGUCUGCCACACCUCAACCGCUCGGUGCGCAGCAUUGAUGUUAACGAGAAUUUGGUGGCGCUCGUUCAUCUGGAUACGCCUUUCUAUCCCACAUUACCCCACAUAGUUCCAGCCUGCCUGCCAAGGAAAUCGGAUGCGGCUUAUACAGAAAAGUCCUGUCAGACGGUCGGCUGGGGUCAGCCCAAGAUCAAUGGAUCCGCCUCAGAUAGAAUGUGGUUCAAGAAGUACUCAGUCAUGAGCCGGGAGGACUGCGACUAUUACUUAGGAGAAGACCCUAAUUUGGGUUACGGGAAGUUCUGUGCCACAGACGCUGAUAACAUGUUCAGUCCUCGUAAUAUCGGAGGAGGACUAUUUUGCGCUGAAAACGAAACCGUCAUAGCCGGAAUCGCCUUGUCGAGCGGAGGAUGGGAGCCGGAAAAUGAGGCUGUCCUCUUUGCUAGUGUGCCUCAUUACUUGGACUGGAUUCUAGACAAACUAUCACCUUACAAUGGGGCGGAAUUGCAAGUGGAAAUCAUUUAAUAUUCUAGUCAAACGGGAUCGUCUAAAUGAAACAAUAUUUGCAGACAUGGUAUAGUUUUAGGCUGUUUCCCGAGAAUACAAAUGUGCCAAAUAGUAGGCAACAUAUAUUAAGGUCUUUACUAGUUUAUUCUAAGAGCAUUGUGGAUUUAAAUGUGUUCAAAAACACUGUAUUGCAGACUUAUAAAAACAGGAUUCAAAA